AACAUUUCGUCCCCUCCCCCCAAUAGGCUUUGCACUUGUCCCUUCCUUAUUCCCUCAGCAGGAGACCUGACUGGGACCUGGAUUUCCCCUCAUUACUUGCCUCCCCAGUCAGGAGUCCAAGCUCAACAACCUUGGGCUCUAGAGACUCCCAUUGUCCCAGAGAGACUAAGUUGGGCUGAGCCCCGUAGUGCAUCUUCUCUCUGGGAUGAAGUUACUAUUCUUCGAUCCCAGCUUCGAUCCCAGGCUCAGGUGACUGAGGCACUAAGGCAGGCUGUGAAGGGCCUGCUGGAAGAGCGAGAGCAGCAGAAGUACCAGAUCUCUGCCCUAGAAGCAUCACUAAGGUUGCUGCAGGGGGGCCCAGAGCAAAGGGUCCUUCUCCUGGAGCAACGCCUGGAGGGGCUGAGAAGGGAACUGCAGGGCCUUCGAAGCCAGGUACAGGAACGGGCCCGAGCCCAAAUACAAACAGGACCACAAAAGUGCAGUGCUACCAGUGGCCUUCACCAAGAGCUGCAGAAUGAGCCACAACUGCUGUGGGAGGAGUCAGUGAUUCUUCAGGAGGAAUUGAAGUUGCUGAAGGACCAGCUGAGCCAGCACCAGGAGCUGCUGCUGAAACAGAUGACUGAGGGGCAGCAAGCUCAGGCCCACAGCUGGAAGAUCUCCAGAGGCAUACCCUUUCUAACCUGGAGCCCAGCAGCUUUCAGCUCCAGGCCCAGAGCCCUAUACUUUAAGGGCCCCAGGAUGCUCCUGAGUGACUGUAAGGACUUGUAAGAGCAGUAGGAUGAUAUCUUCUUUGCUCACCUUCCCCUCCAAGGUCCUGUUUCUGGGUCCCCUUCCCCUCCC